AUGGACCGUUUGCCAGAAGCACUCAUUUUAAACAUUUUUAAAAAGCUGCCACCUAAAGAUCUGUACCAGGUACAAAUGGUGUGCAGUCAAUGGAGAAGAAUAGCUUUCUCACCGAUCCUCUGGAAAGUAAUCGAUGCCAAUGCAGAAGUGCCAACGAAAGUACUAAAACAAUUGAUCCAAAAUGCGCAUCUUUUGGAGGAACUUAUAUUGCAAGAUAGAAAGGAUGUCGACGAGAUUUUACGUCUUGUAGCUGAAUAUCCAUCCAACCUCAAGGCGCUGAAACUAUUCAACUGUUGGGGAACCAACGACUGCCAGAAUAUAGCACAUUCUGGCCUUCUUAAACUGGUGAAAAUGUGUCCAAUGUUACGUAUAUUUCAUUUUGAUCAAUGUCUGGAAGAAAUGUCAUUCGACUUCUUGAGAAUUUUGACUCGCAGAGAAGGAGCGAGCAUUCAGUUCCGUGAAGUAAGAGUGAUAUUUUAA